AGGAAAUACCCUCUCUCAUGCCCACAUCUUCGACCGAAGAACGAGUAGUCUCCGAAUCCCGAAUUCCGACGCGUGGAUUCUCCCCUCCGCUAUCCCAACCCCCUUCGGCUCCUCUUUCUAAUCUCAGCAAUUUCAGUUUCUACCCAUCCAUCUCCUCAAUUUCUCUGUUAUCUCUAUCCCAAAUCGCCGAUUUCCCCUUUUCCGUUUAUUCUCUCAUCUCUUCCGCCGGAUCAACGAUCUACUACUGUUGAUUGAUCGAUCGCUCUCGAUAAGGUCAUUUCUGUUCUUUGAUUAAUCUAAAGUUUUCUAUUAAGAUAAGGGUUAGAAGAAAAAUAGGAGAAUCUAUCCAAUUUUUUGUUUUUUAUUUUUUAGGGUUUUAUGUUUUUUAAUUUAUUUAUUCGUUCUGGUUCUGAUCAAGAAACUCGGUGAAAUUCUUGGUGCUAUAUUUUUAACUGUUCAUCCAAAAUUGAGGGUUGUCUUGCAGGAUUUAGGGUUAGAUUAGGGUUUUUGUUGUUGUUUUCAUUGUGAAAAAAAAAUACUAUUUAGGAUUAGGGUUUGUAAUUUCUUUUCCUUUGGGUAGAGAGCUAUGACCCUGAAUUUUCCGCGUUGCACGGUUCUCCCUUUAAAUUCUUCUGAGGACAAUUUGGUUCCAUCGGUCUCGAUCGGGGAUAGGAGCGGGGAGGGCCUUGUUAAGCCGCGGUGCUUCAAUUGGGGAGUUGAGGAUUUGUAUGAUUUGGGUAGGGAUGGAGGCAACAGGGGAGGGGGUUCUUGUGAGCCUAUCGCCGCCGAUGAUAUCCUCGACCUGUUGCCGUCGGAUCCGUUUGGCAUGGAACUGAGUGCAACCUUCACGGCAAUCGCAGGCUGGAUUGAGGAUUUGGAGAUCGGGAGCCCCAGCGAGGAUAGGUUGGUUGCCGGAUUGAAUUUGUUCUGGAACCAAGCGAUGAUGUUUGAAUCUGAAGCCGCUGAUGUGGGUGUCGGUGGGGGAUUGGAUUUGAGCAGUAAAUUUGGUGGGAUGGUGGUCGAGGAGAAGGAAUUGGGAGAUGUUUCCCGCGACGGCGAGCUUGUAUCUGUUUGGGAUGUGGAGGAAUUUCUGAGUUUCGGCGAUGAAGAUCCAAACGCGGUUGGUUGUCGUCGGGCUGAAGAUUUAGCACACCAUGCCGAGAGUUGCUCUGAUGGAGGUGGGGGAGCUACACAUGAUGCUCUGAUGUUCGCGCUGAGUUAUUUGGGUGUGCGGGAUCUCCUCACCGCUGAAAGGGUUUGCAGAUCCAUGCGUUCAUCGGUUCAGAACGAUGCGCUCCUGUGGAGGAGAAUCCACAUAGAUCAGCCGUUGAGCAAGAGGAUUACUGAUGAUGCUCUUUUACAGUUGACUAGAAGGGCACAGGGUGGUUUACAAUACUUGAGUCUGGUGGAGUGUUCAUUGAUCACUGAUGAUGGUCUGAAGCGUGUUCUUGAAUCCAACCCGAAACUCACAAAGCUGAGUGUGCCUGGAUGUACAAGACUAAGUAUUGAAGGUCUUGUGAACAACUUGAAGGCUUUCAAGUCUGCAGGCAUUGGUGGGAUAAAAUGCCUACAGAUAGGUGGUCUUUAUGGUGUAACACAGAAGCACUUUGAAGAGCUGAAGUUCUUGUUAGAUGCAGACGAAAACAAGCAGCCUAAAGCUCACAAACAACGGUUUUACCACACAGGCAACAUGUCGCACUUGUGUGACAAUGAAUGCCAGGGCAUCGAUAUUGAGAUGUGCCCAAGAUGUCAGAACUUGAGGCUUGUCUAUGAUUGCCCGGCGGAAACCUGCCAAGGGGAGCAGCCCACCGCCCAACAGUGCCGGGGAUGCUCUUUUUGCAUCUCCCGGUGUGUCCAGUGUGGGAGAUGCAUCAACGACAGCGAGUACCAGGAGACAUUCUGUCUUGACUUGCUUUGUUCAGGCUGCUGGAAGCAGCUGCUCCAAUGGCAAGAAAAGUUGGAGGAGAGAGGUGCUGGCUCCAAGCAUACCAUUCUACACCAGGAGAUGAGGUAUCGCGUGUGUGUGUAUCAUCGUUAGAGAGUUUCUAUGUACUGUGUGCCUUUGGAUAAUGGAUGGAUAUCUGUGGAUUUGGCUGAAAUGAUCUGAGAAGUGGGGAAUAAAAGAUGGAUUUGGCUGUGGAAAUAUUCAGCUAGGGAGGAAGCCUCUGUCUAUUGGUUCUUGGGGUGGCUUUGAUUGCUGACUUGUUAGCUAUUGCUGAGUCUUCAGUCUUCACAUCAUGCUCGCCUGGUUUUUUCGAUAUUAUCGCUCAACCCAACCUUGCUAUUUGAAGGGGGAAAAAAAAAAAAGAGGAAAAAAAAAAAAAAACAGAAAAAAAAGGUUAAAAAAGAAAAAGAAAAAGAGCUUUAGAAGGUUAUCUAUCUGCAUGCUGGUUUGCGUGGGAAGUGGAACAAUCGUAUGUUAUGCAGUGGAAGAUUUGUGUGCUGGUCUAUGUUCAGCUCGGGAGGAAGCCUGUCUAUUGGUUCUUGGGUUGUCUUUGAUUGCUGGCUUUUUAGAUAUUGCUGCAGGCUUGAUGAGUCUUCACAUCAUGCUUGACUGGUUGUUUGGAUAUUUUGGGGUGGGGGUGUGGGGGUGCCUUUUAUAUCUGCAUGCUUGUUUGCACAGAAGCGGCUGAACGAUGGUAUGUAAUGAAGUGGAAGAUUUCUGUGUGCUGGUCUAUGUGAUGAUGGGGAAGCUUUGUGUUGGCUGGAUGAGCUGAAUUUCCUGGUCGAGGAAUUCUACCACUGUCUGCAUCUCUGAUAAAAAACCUGAAAAAGCAACAAGCUGCUGCUGGUGAAGGUGGGUUUGCUAUCUCAUUUCUCUGGAGAUGUUGCAAUACGGAUGCAAUGCUCAGGUAUCCGUUUAUGUUAUUGGCAGGGGCCAUAUGCUUUGUGUCAAAGAGAAAGCUACCACCAUUGCUGCACAUUUGCAGUGUCCCAUUUAUUUGAGGUUCUCUAACCAACAUUAGAAAUAAGUGUUAUUCAGUAGUAGUAGUAGGAUCUUCUUACUGCCACAUUAGAUUUAUGUUGUGAUGGAAUUUUGGUAUUGUGGCAAUUGCUUUGGGGGCACUGUGAUAAUAAUAUUCAGUUGUGAAAGUGAAAA